AUGGCCAGCAAGCAGCUCGGGAAGCUGCGUCAGCUCGUCGGGGAGGCCAUCCUCUCGCGGGACAAAACCAUCCAGUCGGACGAGUUCCGGGAACUGGAGCACGAUGUCGAGCUGAGGAGGCAGGGCCUCUGGCGGUUAGACGUCGCCUCGGAGGACUUACGACACCAUUUGAUGAAGAAGAGGCUCUCUGAGGUUGCGGAGGCCGAAGAGAAGCUGCUCCCCAUUGACGCGCUCGGCGUGGUCAUGAUCAAGCACGGCGAGGAAUUCGGCGAUGACUCGGCGUACGGGCUGUCGCUCGUCAACCUCGGUCGUACGCACUGCAACAUCGCAUCGCUGCAAGAGAGCUUUGCGUCCACCUUCGAGGAGACGUACUUGACGGCGGUGCGGCAGAGUGAGGACGACAUCAAGGAGUAUCUGGCGCAGAGGAAGAAGCUGGAGAGCAGGCGGGUAAGCUACGAUGCUGCGACAUCGAAGCUCGAGAAGAUCCGUCACACGAAGAAGGCGACCGACAAGGAUCGCGAGGAGGUAGAGGAUGAGUUUGAGAACGCGAAGGCGCGCUAUGAGGAGACGUUGGAAGACGUUCGCGUUCGCAUGCGUGGUAUUCAAGACAACGAGGUCGUUCAACUCCGGGAGCUCACGAGCUUCCUCGACCUCGAGAUCACAUAUGUUCGGUCCUAUCUGGACGAGCUUGAGAAGGCGAAGGCCAGUUGGGUUGACGAAACCACGCUGAAGAAGCUCGGUGCGCCGAAAGCCAGGCCGCCUCCACGCGUUGCGCCUGUGUCUCGUGCUGGCUCCAUCAAGUCCACGAAAUCCGCUCGCAAAGGGGAGCAGGCCGAGGACUCGAGCGACGACGAGGCAACUUCCAAGAAGAGCCACGGCCGCAGCAAGUCCGAGGCCGGCAGCAAGCCUCCGUCUCGUGCCCCUUCACGCGCCUCUCGCAAGCGUGCGGACAGCGCCGCGACCGCCGUUAGCGAGAAGGAGGACAAAGAGAAGGACAAGGACAAGGAGAAAGAGAAGAAGGCGGAGAAGAGCUCGAACCGUUUGAGCCUCGCGGGAUGGGGGUCGAUCAUGGGACGUGGCAAGAAGGACAAGGAAAAGAGAAGGACAAGGACAAGGACAAGAAGGACAGUUUGCGUCGCUCGAGAGCGACGAGAGCGAAACGGACGAGUACGGCGUCAUGAAGCGCAAGCGCCGCUUGUCGUCCCCGCCAUCCCUUCGUCGUCUCCUAAAAUCCCGACGCGCCUACUCAAGUCGUCUUCGAAGGAGAGCCAGCGGAGCGAUGACAGUGGUCAGAAACGCGUAAUCGCUCUCCACGACUUCGCCGCAGGCUCAACGGACGAGCUCAGCUUCAAGGUUGGGGACCAGAUCGUCGUCGUCAGCGAAGUCCUCGACGGCUGGUGGAUGGGCGAACUCGGCGGCAAGCGUGGCUUGUUCCCGACCACGUACACCGAAAUCAUCAACUCCUCAACGACGUCGCUCUCGAAGCCCCCACUUCCACAGCGCCCUCCAUCAUCAGCGACGCGGAACUCGGCCUUGGCGGCAACGGAAGGCGACGACACCCACCCCUUCAGCGACCAACGCUCGCGUCCGACCACCAGCGCGCCGAACGGCAGCGGGGCGUCUCUACGCGGCAAAUCGAAGCCGAAGAAGAAGUACUAUGAACCAAGCAUCGACAGCAUGAACAGCGCCUCUGUGCGCUCCGGGUCCGAUGUUGAUUCUGACGAUGCGGGCUCGCUCGUCCGCGUCCAGCGCGUCGACGACUCCUUCUCGUCCGUGUACAUCACCGGCUUGCCGACCCCGCAGUCGCCUGCCGCGGUUUCACCCGUGGCGGCGUCCAAGACCUCUGGCCUCGCCCCCACUCCCUUCUCUUCCGCCUCGGGCGCUGCUGCCCCACCGCCCAUUCCGGUCCGCAGGAAUACGGAAUCCAAGAAGGCGCCUCCACCGCCUCCGCCACGCCGGUCAACGCUCUCCAUGUCGACCUCGUCGGUGGCUACUCCUCCGGCCGUCCCCAGCCGCCCUGCGACCCUGCGCUCGAAGUCGAGCAACGGGCCUGACCCCACACGGCGGCUGACGCUGGGCGACCUCUCGAGUGGGGACCCAGAUGGGCUCACGCACUCGCCGUUCGACAGCCCGCGGGAGCCGGGGUUCGGCUGCACCGACUUCAAGCAGAACCCGUUCAAGCCUGUGGGGUUCUGUAACAACUGCUUCAAGACCCAUUACUAG